AUGAUUAACCAGUCUCCAAUAAAAUGUCAGCUGCUGAUUCUCACCUUGUUUGGUGUUCUAAGCGAUCAAUCUGGUCAUUUACUGAAUGGAGAAGAUCCGGUAACUUACGCCUUGGACAGCUUAAGUUCAAACUGUUCGACUCUACCAUUUGUUGCCUUCGAGGCAGCUCAUCUAGAACUCACCCAUUUGUUCGAACACAUGCUGGAACGUCUCGUGUUUUCUGAGAACUCUGAAGGCCGGGAUGAUGAGUGA